CAUCAGGUCGAAGACUUGAACCAAAGAGGACGAGUCCAUAACAAAUGAGGGAUGUCUGCGUCGCCGUGAUAGCGUAGUUCGUGAAUAGGGAGAAAUGCGUUUGACACGCAGAAAUCUGUCGUAAACUACGUCCUGGGUUCUGUACUCCGGCGUGAAAGUAGAGAAUACUAUUCUGAGCGCUUCAGAUGAUCGCAUAGGAUAUCUUCUCUACCGCAACCGAGCUAAUGUUAGCAGCUGCGAGCGGAACACUCAGCAUCUGACGGAGGCCAUGCUAUUAUGCCGUGCGAAAAUGCACCUAAAUAAUCGGAUGACAGCGCUCGGAUCCGUCGAAGGAAAACUUUUGGGCUCGGUUUACGCGGCGGGCUUGCAUUAAAGCAGGUCGUGAGGCUAUGGUGCUAUCACGCACGCAGCCGAACCGCAUCGACUGAACGCCGCUCAGACUGCGUCGCCUCUGGGGCGAGGCGUGUAUGGGUCCUGCGUACUCGAGGUCCCCGCUCCCGCAGAGGGAGACCUGACUCUACAGGCCAUAUAUUUGCCUAUGACUGUCGUUUCAUGUAUGGAUGGACGCGUGCAUGUUUUGACAGUAUCCUGCGUGCAUCGUUGCAGUCGGCACAGCGCAUCCCAAGGAGGGGCUGUUACUCUAACAAACACACAUUGGCUCCGUCGAAGCCUUUAAUUUGAGUCCCUAAGAACAUUACGUAGGGCUUGCAGCGUACGCUACGUCUUUUCGAAGGAAAAAAAAUAUCGGGUGACAUUGCAGUCUCUCCCCUCGGAGAGAUAUAACGUAAGCCCCGCUCGGUUAUUAACAAGGGAAGGUGGAGCACUGUCCGUCGUACGUGCUGACGCAGUGGGAUUUCUACGCGUGGUCUGCGUUUCGGCCCGCCCUUCCCGCGGUGACGGUGAUGGGUCGGAAGCGGUGUGUCGGUGCAGAUUGUUCGAAGAUGGCGGCAGGGUGCUGCGGGGUGAAGAAGCAGAAGUUGUCGGGAUCCCCCGGUGCGGGGGGUCCCGGAGGGGCGGGGAGCGGAGUAGCCGGGACCGGACAUUGUGGAUCGGAAUUGGGGAUCGGGUCGUCGUCGAGUGUUGUGGCCGGGAACGUGACUCGGAUGAACGGCCUGGGGGGUCCGGGGAGCAGCAGCAGCAGCACCAAUGCUCUGUCCCCAACUCCAGGAGGAUACACUUCCACCGGCCUCUCCCCGACUCUCAGCCCCGGCUCCGGAGCCAGGAAAAUGGUCGUUUCGGCGGAGAUGUGUUGCUUUUGCUUCGACGUGCUUUAUUGCCAUCUCUACGGAUACCAGCCUCCUCGAACACCCAGGUUUACAAACGACCCCUACCCACUGUUUGUCACUUGGAAAAUCGGCCGGGACAAGCGGUUAAGGGGUUGUAUAGGUACAUUUUCUGCCAUGAACCUGCACUCAGGACUCAGGGAGUACACCCUUACCAGUGCCCUUAAAGACAGCCGCUUUCCCCCCAUGACGAGGGACGAGCUGCCGCGCCUCUUCUGCUCAGUGUCUCUGCUCACAAACUUCGAGGAUGUUGGUGAUUAUCUAGACUGGGAGGUGGGUGUUCACGGCAUUAGGAUAGAAUUUUUUAAUGAAAAAGGAUCAAAGCGCACCGCCACCUACCUGCCAGAGGUUGCGAAGGAGCAAGGAUGGGACCACAUUCAGACUAUAGAUUCCUUACUUCGAAAGGGAGGUUACAAAGCUCCCAUCACAAAUGACUUCAGGAAGACUAUUAAAUUGACCAGGUACCGUAGUGAAAAGAUGACCAUGAGCUACGCAGAAUACAUCGCCCACCGCCAGCAUCAUCACUACCAGAAUGGCAUCGGGCACCCUCUCCCUCCGUACAACCAUUAUUCCUGACAGCGAGCCGCAUGACCAGCCACUGGACCUCUCGGCAGACAUCUUUCCGGGAGAACCCGCCCCCUCUUGGUCUAGCUAUCUGUACUACUGUACCAUUUUAUGAUGAUAGUUUCCGUUGCCAUGUCCUCAGUCCGUUGGAGGCAUGGCAGCGGGUGGCAAAUAAGCAUUAGGUGAUUAUAAAGCGAAAAAAUACAAUUCAUUUAUUUUGUCAUUUUUAUUCUUUGCAUUUAAUUUAAUUUUUGCAGCAUAUAUAUAAAUAUAUAUACCCCUUUCCUUUUUAAGCAAAUAAAAUUUUUUUUUUGUUAUAACAAAUUUCCUAAAAUCAGGUUUCUCAGUCUGUGGAUGGAAAUAAGUCAUAUUAAAUGAUGGGCAAUGAUGAGCUUUAGUUACUUUGGUGGCAAUUUUUCUUUUGUUUCAUUUUAGUUUGACUUUAUCAUAUAGGCAACCACAGGGUUUAAGGGAUUCUCUUUCCUCUCUGUGCAAUCAUUUUUAUUUGUGAGUGGUGAUUUUUGCUUUCCUUUCUCGUUUUAUCGUGAGCAUUGUUGUGGGUUGUAGGGAUAUAUGCAGUGUGGCAUAGUCAUGUGUUGUUUUUGUUUUCCUCUAGUUCUCAGAUUAUUGAAACCACGAUCUUAAAUUAGUUUUUGGGUACCACAGAAUAUUUUUCCCUUAAUGCAAAAGCCUGUUGCUACUAACAUUACCAGAGUUGAUUUGAACUGAAUUUACUUAGAUAAACAGUCGGGCCCUUUUUUGUGGAGUGUUUCUACAUGCGUAUUAAUCCACGUCUCUUCUUUUCUUGAUGUGUUGUGCUAGUGUCGUCUGUGAGGUUGAAACUAUAGGUCUGUACGAAGGGUGUAAUUGGAUGAAGGCUUUUCUAGUCCGUUUUUGCUCACAACUGAAAUUCGUCUCGCUCCUAUUUUGUCACACAGAGAGGAAAACCUUUGUAAGAGACCAAGGUCAAAUGACAGGGACAAGCUAAAAAAAGCCAUAUUCUUUUUAACGCAUGCUGUGGCAGGGUGGUUGCUCUAAAUGGCUGUUUUUAAUUAAUUUCUCUCCUGUUCUGUUUACUUGGCACAGGAAUCUUGACUCUUGUUUUUAAUGAUCUGGUCUAAUGGAUGAAUAUAUCCAUUUCUAUCUCGCAUGGCAGCAGUGUUUACACCUCCAUAGGAACGCGUGAACUUUACAGUGGCUGUAAUUGAGAAGAUAACUUCUGGAUCCUCGAGUCAAGCUGCUCUGGUGGCAUCUGAACCCCUCCAUAUCUCGCAGUGAAGCUUGUCACAACAGGGAGUUUUUAAACUACGGUUGUAGGUGUUUUAAACUCUUGCUCUGAAAGGUGUCAGUGUUGUUGUUAUUUUUUUUCAAAGACCAGGAUGUAGAUGGAAUAUCACGUGUCAUAUUGUCUGUAGAAGCAGUGGGCUUGCUUUUGACCACUUCUGAAAGGAAAAUCGGGAACGAUUUCUGUCUUUUAUUUUCAUAUGCAAAAUGAUAAGGGCUUUUGGGGUUCCAUCCACAGUCGUUAUCAAGCUCACUAAAACCUAAAAAAAUAACCUGAUUUCAGUUGUUUUGCCUUUAAAAUGGUUAUGUAGACCAGCAAACAUCGCCCUGAGUGCUCAACUACCUAGAGACCGAUCAUUUCACAAUGUGAAGGCUGUUGAGUCAAGUGUUUAUUACUUCUCAGCAGUUUUCAAUCUGUUUAAUCUAUAUUCUAAACUCCACCUACCAGGAAGAAGGUCACAGUUAUGAAAAGUGACACAUUUGUUGUCUCUUGGUCCUAAACAACCCUUUAAAUAUCUCUUUUUGUUAACCUCAGUUUUAAGCCGGUUUGUUUGUUUUAGCUGGACGUUCAGGGCGUCGUUUGUUGGUUCAUUAAAACAGCACAAACUGAAUUUUUUUUUCUGCUGCAAAACCAACUCUCUGCAUUUGAAAUCGGAUGUAUUGACAUUUGCAAUACAUUUUUUGCAUGAAUAGGAGGCCUCCUAUUAAACAUGGCAUGCAUGCUUGUUUCACUGCUAUAUAGAUAUGAGAAGAAAAAAAAAAGACUAUAUAAAAUGGUGCUAUCGGACCUCAUGUCGGGGGUGGUCGCAGUAAAUGUGACUGGUCAUGCGGACUCAUUGAUCAUAUCAGACUUUAUUAUUAUCCUCAAUAUAUGCAGAUCUGUUUUACAGGUGUUUUUUUUUCCUACCAGUGUAACAAACUCUCCUGCAGGUUUGAAAGGACAAGUAGUGACGAGUCUAACCCCAUCUUUCCCUCAUGGCCUGGGGGAUUCGGGCAUAUGCUUAACAUCUCAUCCGUUCUAGAUGUGCACAUUUACGCAAUAACCUGGAGUCUCACACUUUGUUUCCAUCGUUAAAUGCUGUGGAUGUUCAUCUACAUUGCCAUUUUGAACGAUGGCUGGCUUAACUAGCUGAUCGCCGUCACCUAAAUAUGGCCGAAACUACAGCGAUAAUGAUGUGCUGAGUUUACUUUGCUAACAACAUUCGUUCAAAUGUCAUCGGUUCAUUCGGCUGCGAGCAACACGUUGUGCUGAAAGACACGUUUUUUUUUUUGGUUCUAUCAGAAACGUCUGUACACUUUACAUUUUGCAAAGUCGGUUUUUUUUUUUUUUUUUUUUUUUUACGAUUGCAAAUGGAUUGAAGUAUUUUCAUGACUCCUAGAGUGGUUUGAACAUGCACUUUGAAGACAUUUGCAAUCCCAGGCACUGGUGAAACUCUCAGUACCUGACCUGCAUUUACGUUGCUCAAAGAUGAGUUCAAGAACCAAUUUCACGCCGUCAUCUCGUCUUGGACUCAUUUCUAACACCACAACUGGGAUUAUUGUUUGGUAUGUAUAGCAAAUGUUCAUUUAGGCAUAAAUGUUGGGUUGUAACACUCGCAGACGAGCUUCAUGCUCGCUGUCGAACCCAUCGUCGUUUGGCUCAUGUUACCUUUGUGUGUUCAACCGAACCAAAGAUGCCUCCAGCCAUGUCCAAAUGCUGCUCUACAGACCUGCCUUCCUGUCCUUCCAAAAACCUUCCCUGCAAGAGAAAUGUCUUUUGUUUCUGUUAUGUUUUUUUUUCUUUUCUUUUGUACAAUUUCUAAUAUUGUUUUAGGAUUUUAGCUACCUAAGUUCAAUGAAUUGUCAUUGUAGCUGUCUUUGAGACCUUGCACGGUGUCAAUGAACGUAAUACUAGGUUGCACUUUUUUUUUUAAAUUUUGUUUUCAUCAUCAUCAUCAUUGUUGUUGUUAUUAUUAUAAUAUUUUUUGUAAAGGAAGAAAACCCCAUAGCGUGCCUCUUAGAUUUAUGGGUUUCUUAAUGUUUUUUUUCCUAAGACCAGCAGUUAUACUUUAUACAAAAGAUGAGUUAAUUCUUAUUUUUAAAUGCCAUUUAAUGAAAAAAAAUAUAUAUAAUAAUGCCUCUUUUCUUUACUCUGGACCCAGUAGCUACACUGGCAUACAAUCACACUGAUAGAUACGGAGAAAAAGUAUAACAAAUAAUAAUGAUGAUGAUGAUGAUAAAAAAAAUGUAAGAACUACAAUAAAUUUGUUUGAAAACUUUUUUUGUAAAAAAAAAAAAAAAAGAAAUGUAAAAAAAAAAAAAAAGUAAACACAAUGACUGUUUUUGUAUAUUGACUUAAUUCUUUUCAAAAAAAUAUUUUGGACCUAGUUUCUAAAUUAUUUUAGUGGUUUUCAAUGUUCUGGAACUUUGAGAAGAUGCGCCCUUCGAUGACUGACAGCUUGCGGUGUUGUCAUUGCGGGCAUCGGGGUCACCUGGUGUAGCCCCGUAAUGCCCACCACUUUUUGUUUGUUUUUCAGGUUUGAUUCUUUCAGAACUUUAAAAUAACGACCUGGCAAAAAAAAAAAAAAAGCAUAAUAAUAAAAAAAAAAUAGAAAAACAACUCCCCUGUAGAACUAGAUCCUGUACCCCACUGAAUUGCUGUUAGUGUGAUGAGACUUGAAAUGGGCAUUUAUUAUGAAUAUGGUAGUAUGGCUCCAAAAAAAAAAAAAAAGACAAAAU